UGUAGCUAAUAGAGUAAAAAUAGAGCAAAAAUGUGGUGAAUUUGGCAAGAAGUAGCAAAGUGUAAACAUGUGUAGGUGAUACAAAAAGGCUGUUCCAGUAUGGAGGGGGGUUAGGGGCUGUAUCUAAGAAGAAAAACUGUGUGUAAAACUGAUAGUUGGGUGGGUGCCAGAUGUUCCCAGAAAGAUUUGAGGGAAUAAGUUGUAGCAGGAUGUAGUUUUAACUGGCUACAUUUUAUGCUUUAUUACCAUACGUGUUUGAGUCAUAUGUCUACCACUGCCUGUUCAAUUACUGAUUUGUCAUUUUACUAGCUGAAUAUAGUUUACACAUACAGUUUGAUGCUGGUGUAAAUAUACUGUAAUGAUGAAAACAUGUACAUCUGAGUAUGUACUCAAUAGGAUUAGGCUAUGAGACAAGAGAACAGUUCAUUCUGAAUUAUGAGUAUGGUUUGUUUCCUGUUUUUGCUGUUAAUGAUCCUUGGCCUUCACCAACAUUGGAGAGAAGCCAGUAGUCCAACUUUAUCUCACUUCCUUCCUGUCUUUAACUCUCUCAUUGUCCUGAGGGGUGUUGCUUCCUGAGUAGGAAGCCCCAUGCUCUACAUUCUACAGAAUAUUCAGCCAACAUUAUAAGAUGAUCUACUGCAGAACAUCAUUCCCUGCUCGCAAAUGACUGCUUUUGUGCCAGUGAGGGUAGUGGAAAUGUCUUUUUUGAUGUCAGUGAUUUUUUUAUUGUCUGUUAAGACAGGAUUUAGCAUUAAUCAGGCUGGUGUCUGUAGGCCUUUUUGUACAGGGAAUGACUGCAUAACUGUAAACCAAGACAGAGUGGAUUUCCAGACAGCUGAGAAAACAUGCUGCGACAGGAACGGGGCAUUAAUGACAUUUCAGUCAGAGGCAGAUGAGAGCACUCUUGACAUUUUCAGAGAUGAACUGUAUGGAGACUUCUGGAUUGGACUGCAUUUACCCGCUGCCGCCUGCAGCAACCUCUCAGCUCCACUGAGAGGCUAUGAGUGGACCUCUGGUAGUAUGCAAAGGACCUUUCUUCCAUCCGUCAGCAGCUGGAAAGAGAGUGUUAAAGUCUGCUCUCUGCACUGUGUGUCACUUUCAAAGGAUGGAAAGUUGACAGAGAGGCUGUGCUCGGACAAAGCGGAUGGUUUUCUGUGCCGAACAAAGCACAAAGAUGCAUGCCAGGCGGGACAACUGUCAGAUCCGAAUGUUAUCCUGAGCUCUAAAGGCUGUUCAGUUGGUCCUUGUGAGCAUACAUGCAAAGAUAGAAAGGGAGGUUAUAUAUGUUCCUGUUUUACAGGAUAUAUCCAAGACGACAAAGACCCCGGGCGGUGCAAAAUGCACUGCGGGCAACAGAAAUGCCCCCCGAUAUGUGAUAGAGAACCUAAUAGCAGGUGCUUCUGUCCCGAAGGCUUUAUACUAAGUAACCAACUGUGCGAGGACAUGGAUGAAUGUGUUCAUGAAUGUGACCAAGUGUGUAAGAACACUUUUGGGAGUUUUGUGUGUUCCUGCAAAGAAGGAUAUAUACUGAAAGAUCACGGUAAAUGUGUCAAAGCAGAAGGCGGGGAACGUUUUGUUGUCACAAGUCCUGUCGUCAUAGGUGUUGUGAAACCAGCCACCAAUAAUCACACACAGCAGGGUGCCGCUGCGCCUGCUGGGGGUUUGGUCUGGAUAUGGAUCACUGUUAUCGUGGCCCUGGCAGUUUUUAUCAUUGUGAUAAGGUUUUUUGUUGAGAACCGUCAGAAGCGCAGAGAAGAAAUCUCCAUUGAGCAGUCCACUGUUCCUGUGGACAAUAUUGACUGUUAAAUCCCAAAACUUAAUAAAUAAAUAAAGAACAUUAACUCCAUUGUCCCAUCAGCAUUAUAAUGAGACUCAAUUGCAGAAAAGUUAUUCUUAAAAUGUAAAAGAGAUGUAGUGUUCUUUUUAAACCCUGACUGAGAGUAAACAUAAAUAUGUGUGCAUUUGCAUUUAACUGUGAUUUCAUGUGUCACUGUGUGUUCAUUUACGUAUCAUGACAUGGAAUUAAAAUCUGAAUUACUUUGUAA